AUGUUCUCGAUUAACAAGGUUGCCUUUGUGGCUGUCGGUGCUCUGGCUGCCGUUGCCGCCGCUCAGGACAGGAACGCUACCGACAUCAACUCCUUCCCCCAAUGCGCUCAAUGGUGUGUCAACAACAUGCAGCAGGCAAACAAAACCGCGGAGCUGGGCUGCAGUGGUGGUGAUAACUCCUGCUUGUGCCGCAACCCCGACUUUGCCUACGGUGUUCGGGACUGCUCCGCUCAGCUGUGCAAUGACGAGAGCACUGGCCGGGAUGCUAUCGAAUACGUUUUUAACUGGUGCCAGGAUGAGGGUGUUCAACUGUCCACUGUUGUUUCGUCUGGGGCCGCCAGCGCUACCGGAAUCAUGAACCCUGGUGGCGCUGCCGGUGGCUCUGGUAGUGCUAGCCCCGUCAGCACUGCCGAGUACACCUCGACCCUGACCACUGGCGGCUCCACCAUCACCACGACUGGUACCUCAACUGGAUUCACCACCGUCACCCCCAGCGCUACCGCCUCGAACGCUGUCAGCACGAUCACCUCGAAUGGCUCGACAUUUGUGUCCACCAUUGCCGGGUCUGCGUCGGACGUCGUCAGCACGAUCACCUCCGAUGGCUCGACCUUUGUGUCCACCAUCGCCGCGUCUGCCUCGGGCGCUGUCAGCACUAUCGUUUCGGGCGGCUCGACCUUCGUGUCGAGCCUGACUGACGCUGCCGGAUCUGCCACCUCGAGCGCUGGUGAUGCCGCUUCCAGCGCCACCGCCUCCACCACAGCUCAGGCUGAGGGCUUCGCCGCUCAGAUCACUGCCGCUCCCGCUGGCAUCCUGGCUGUUGCUGGUGUCGCUGCCUUCCUUCUCUAA